GUGUACAAAGUAAAGUGCAAAUCGGAUGGUACCAUUGAUAGAUACAAGGCAAGACUUGUAGCAAAGGGCUAUAACCAACAAGAGGGAAUUGAUUUUUUGGAUACCUUUUCACCAGUGGCGAAAAUAAGCACUGUGAAGAUAUUCUUAGCUCUUGCCACAUCCUAUAAUUGGUCCAUUAGCCAAAUGGACAUAAAUAAUGCCUUCCUCAAUGGAGACUUAUUUGAAGAAGUGCACAUGACCCUACCAUUGGGUUAUCAAACCUCUCAAGUACCAGACAAAGGAGAGAAAUUGGCUUGUAAACUAAAUAAGUCCAUUUACGGUCUUAAACAAGCAUCAAGGCAAUGGUUCCUAAAAUUUGCAGCAGCAAUAUCCUCACAUGGUUUCAUCCAAUCCAAGGCUGAUUACUCCUUAUUUACUAAGGGGAAUGGAAGCACCUUUGUAGCAUUAUUAGUAUAUGUUGAUGACAUAUUACUAACAGGACCAUCUCCUUCGAAUAUCAACUCAGUCAAAGAUUCUUUGAAGGCACACUUCAAAUUAAAGGACCUAGGACAAGCAAGAUACUUCUUGGGUCUAGAAUUAUCAAGAUCUGAACGAGGACUUAUGCUCUCCCAAAGAAAAUAUUGUCUUCAAAUCCUAGAAGAUACUGGUUUUCUUGAUUCUAAACCAGUUGUAGCACCUAUGGAUCCUAAUCUGAAGCUAUGUAAAUCUGAAGGAGAACAACUAAUUGAGGAAGACGCCACUUGCUAUAGAAGAUUAAUUGGCAGACUGAUAUACUUACAAAUAUCCAGACCUGAUAUUUGCUUCUCUGUUCACCGCUUAAGCCAAUUUCUGCACAAACCUACUAAACAUCACCUAGAUGCUGCUCAUCACCUAUUGAAGUACCUCAAAGGUUCCUCAGGACAAGGUGUUUUAAUAAAACCUAUUGAUUCGUUUCACUUAAAAGCCUUCGUUGUUGCUGAUUGGGGAUCGUGCCUUGACACUAGAAGAUCGGUCACAGGGUUCUGUAUCUUCCUAGGGGAUUCCAUCAUCUCCUGGAAAUCUAAGAAACAACCAACCGUCUCAAGGUCCUCUGCAGAAGCUGAAUAUAGAGCCUUAGCAUCAGUCACCAGUGAGCUAGUAUGGAUCACACAACUCCUUACUGAUUUUAAAGUAAAGACCUUGAUGCCAACCACUGUUUUCUGUGAUAAUCAAGCAGCCAUUGCUAUUGAUUCGAAUCCGACAUUUCAUGAACGGACAAAACACAUAGAAAUUGAUUGUCAUUUUGUUCGAGACAAAAUAGUUGAAGGAUUUCUAAAGGUUUUACCUAUCAACACUAGCCUACAACUAGCUGAUAUGUUCACUAAAGCACUACCUUCAUCUACCUUAAACAGAUAUAUAUCCAAGUUGGGAAUGAAAGACAUUCAUCGUCCAACUUGAGGGGAGUAUUAACAAUAAAAGUAGUUAGACUGUUAUUUUCUGUUGUAUUAGUUGUAUUAGUUAAUCUGUUAGACAGUUAUUAGUUGUUGCCAAGCAUCUAUAAAUACCAAGCUUGGUUGAUGUAAAUAUUUUUCAUAUACAGAAAAUAAAGAAA